AUGAGAAAAAGAAAAGAGAAGGCGACAAUUAAGAGAGCAGUUGAUGUUAUUUAUGAUAUAUUGGAAAUUGAGUCAGAAAUCAUUUCUUUACAAUGGCGUGACCAAGUUUUAUCAUUUGUUGAAGACCCAUUCCAUCGAAAAAAACUGUGGGAUGAAGUUGAGAACAUGAUUCGUAAAAAUCCAUUAGUUCGAUUAAGUAAUACUACUUAUGAAGGUUCAAGCACCUAUUCAUUGGAAUGG